CAGUGAAGAGCUACCCGUGGGUGAUGGGCUUCGAGGUGGCGCUGCUCACCGUGCUGCUGGCGCUGGGCGUGCCCGCGAACAACUCCUAGUUGUUGUAGUUGUUGCUGCCGCAGUGAAGAGCUACCCGUGGGUGAUGGGCUUCGAGGUGGCGCUGCUCACCGUGCUGCUGGCGCUGGGCGUGCCCGCGAACAACUCCUAGUUGUUGUAGUUGUUGCUGCCGCAGUGAAGAGCUACCCGUGGGUGAUGGGCUUCGAGGUGGCGCUGCUCACCGUGUUGCUGGCGCUGGGCGUGCCCGCGAACAGCUCCUAGUUGUUGUAGUUGUUGUUGCUGCCGCAGUGAAGAGCUACCCGUGGGUGAUGGGCUUCGAGGUGGCGCUGCUCACCGUGUUGCUGGCGCUGGGCGUGCCCGCGAACGCGGCGCUCCUGGCGGUGCUGUGGCGCCACAAGGACAUGCACACCACGCCCAACAUCUUCAUCGCCAACCUGGCGGCCGCCGACCUCAUGAACAUCCUGGUGUACGCGCCGCUGUCCGUGCUCAACUACGUGCGCUACGAUGAGAGCUACGGCGACAUCAUAUGCAAGUGCAUUAUGUCAGCAUGUGACCUCUUCAUGAUUGUGUCUGUCUACACCUUCAUCUGUAUGAGUGCUUACCGGUACAUGGGAAUCAGGAGCCUGGUGGCCCGCGGGGGCGAGCACCCCCGCCUCACGAGGCGCGGCGCCGUGGCGACGGUGGCGCUCGUGUGGGCCCUGGCGGCCGCGCUCAGCGUGCACUCGGCCCUGGACGCCGGCCUCGUCGCCAGCCACUGCUUCUUCCGGCUGAGCCGCGGCGGCUACGCGCUGCGGCGGAGCGCAGAGAUCCUGCUGGUGUUCGCGCUGCCCUUCGCCGCCAUCGCCUACCUGUGCGCCGCCACGUCCGUGCUGCUGCGCCGCAGCGCCGCCAGCAUCCCGGGCGAGCACCAGGGCGCGGCCAUCGCCGCCAGGCGCCGCUCCGCCAACGUCCCCAUCACGCUGAUCCUGCAGUUCUUCGCCUGCCACGUGUUCCGGCUGGGCUUCCUGGUCGCCGACCUGUGGGCGCGCCACUCGCGCUACUCGGCUGUCGACCACGGCCUGUUCUGCUUCCUGCUGCUCUACUUCGUGUUCUCCGCCUUCCUAACGUACCUGCACUCGUGCCUGCCGCCCGUCAUGCUGCUCUUCACCUCGUCCAGCAUCCGGGGUCACUUCCUGGCAGGCCUCGGCUGGCGCGCCAAGAAGGGCGCCUGAGCCCCGCCCGGGAACUAUACCUUCAAACUUUACACUGGGCCACUCGAAACGCGCAAGAACUGUCUCGAUCCACUGUGAACGCCCCACUCCGUCACAUUCCCAAUCACCAGGGACCUGCAAAAUUCGCGGUUUCGGUGGCCUUCAGGAUAGACUGAACAUACCCCUGUACACUCGGGCAAAUAACGCUAGUUCAUUGACUGCCGACUUGUAAGUCGUCUCAGCUGGUUUGUCUGUGAUUCAACCCUUCUUUGGUUGAGGGUUUAUAACUGGUUGAGAUUCGUCCAGAUGAACAGUAAGCCAAUAGCAAAAUUAUCUAAGAGGUAUAUGUGUUUGAAUUCUAGCCUAUCACCGAAUGAAUCCGCGAAUUUUGCAGGUCUCUACCAAUCACUAGGGACCGGAAUAAUUCGCGGGUUCAAUGACCUGCAGGAUGAACUCCAUAGUUCUACGUACACUCGGUCAAAUCUCACCCACUCAUUGGUUGCUGUCGUGUGAGACGUCCCAACGUAGCAGCCUGUGAUUCGAUACAGCUUUGGUUGGGUGUUUCUCAAUGGCUCAGAGUCAUCCAGGUGAGUUUUGAGCCAAUAGCAGAGGCAGCACUGAGGUAUAACUAUUUGUAUUUUAGCCUAUCGCGAAAUGAACUCGCGAAUUUUUUCGGUCUCUACCAAUCACCAGUACAAAAAUGGAUUUGGGGGGAAGCAAUAGCAUUUAAGUAUAAGUACACUUCUUGAAUGGCCUACAACACCACAAGUGUUUUACAAUCAUCCUGCUACUUCUUGGCCGACCUAUAAUACCACGAGUGUUUCACAAUCCAUCUAACUACUCCUUGGUCUCUGUGUUGAGGCCUGUUAGUGACCCUUGAAGAUGGCUGCAACAAGGAAUGCCGAGACUUCGGCCGCGAUAUCAUUUCAACGGUCGUGGCCUCAACCCUAAAGCAGUAGUUAUUUACAAUCCACGUAAAUGAAAUUUUAUAUACAUUGCACGUAAUCAAGGUUUUUUUUGUUACAAUAACUUCUCUUGGCUUUUUUUAUCUGUUCUGUACGUGUUUACUUAAUUUAUUCAAAAACACUGAAUAAAAAAGAUAUUUUAAAACGCUCUGCAAUGGCGCAUUUCCCUAAUUUAUGCAAACGAAAUUUCGUUUAUUAGUAGCCUAUCGGUUUUCCCGCUCAUUUUACCAAAACCCGUUCCACUUAAGAUUUUUAAUCACGCUUUAUCUGUGUAUUGUGAAAUUCUUAGUUAUUUGUGUAGAUAACUAAUUUUCCAUUUUAAGCAAAUAAAGCUUGCUGUUUAAAAGAGAGUUUUCAAACUUUUUCCUCGCAUUUGUAAUGGGGAGUAAUAAAUUAUGUUAGGGCUCUUUCUGCUACUUAAAUUAAAUACAUAUUAAAAUUAAAUGCAGCCGUAAAACAUUACGCUUGAAUUAAUUAAACAAGUUUUAGUCAUAUAAACUCAUCUCCGGUUUUCCUGCGACAAUCACAAUGGUACUUCGUGUUUGCUGGAUUUAAUCUUUUAGUGUGGAAGUUGUCUCCGCACGAAUAGAGUGACUGUCAGCGCAGUGAUAUGCGAGGUUGAAAAGAGCUCGUUUCCGUAGGGCAAUCAUAGAUAUACGGUAGCACCAAUCAUUUCAUGGGCAACUCAACUUUUAGCUCCAGGUUCAAAUUAAUUUUUUUUAACCAUUUAUGAUACGAUCUUGCACACUCUAAACGUUUUUUGUCUGCCACGAAUUAUUUCGUCAGUAUAGAUGUACCUGUAUAUCUUGCAGUGACAGAAAACAUGUUUUGAAAAUUGAAAAAAUAUAAAGGGAGUGAUCUAAAUGCUUUAGUUGUCAUUUGAAGUCACGCAGGGUGAUUGGCAGUGUUUUUUUUUUUCAUUCGGUUGAAUUAAGAUAAUAACAUUAUUUGCAUUCUUUUGUGGAUUCUAUCUUCUUGUGUCUCUGACUGAAAUGUAAUGACGUCUUUCGGGGCAAGUUUAAAAAGAAGCUUAUAUACUUAUUAUUGUGUCUUAACUUGCACCGCAUGAUUUUCAAAACUGACGCUUUUGUUAAUGCUGCUUGUAUUUAAUCUUUAUAUUAAAGUAAAAAUUGUAAGAUAUUGUAAAAAAAAACAAUAUGAGGUGAAUAACAAUAAUGAAAUGCAUAUCAUUAAUAAUAAUGUACUAUGUGUAAUAAAUGUAAGUUACUUCUGA